AUGGCCUCCAAAGAGCAAAAUAUCAGCCCAGAGGCGCCCGUCCACGACGACGAAAAAUAUGUUGGAGAGAAGGAGGGCAUCACUCAUAUUAAUCUGGAGAACAGUACCGCAGCAAAGAUCAAGAAUCCUCUCGCUCACCUAUCUAAUGAGGAGGUGAUAAGAAAUGUGGAAGACUUUGCGAAGAAUAACGACUUUAACGAUAUGGCACCUCUUCUAGUGAAAGGCGCGCUUGUUGCCAAAGAUCCACCAGCUUUCGAGUCCGUACCUGGACUCACUGAAGACGAGAAAGAGGCCAUUCGAAAUGAAGUCUUGCACAAAUGGCGCCAGCCAAGGUCACUCUACUUCACUAUCAUUCUUUGCUCAAUCGGCGCCGCUGUUCAAGGUUGGGAUCAGACUGGCUCCAACGGUGCUAACCUGUCAUUUCCUGAUGCGCUCGGUAUCCCGGUUCGCGAUGAGAUUGACGGGGUGCCAAACCCCAACGCUGCUCGAAAUCAGUGGUACCAGGGCUUGAUCAAUGCUGCACCAUAUAUUGCCUCGGCAUUCCUCGCUGUUGCCCAGACAUGGGAGCAACUUUUGGUUACUCGUCUCCUACUCGGCAUCGGCAUGGGCUGCAAAGGUUCAACAGUACCCAUAUUCAGUGCCGAGAAUGCCCCAGCAGCCGUACGUGGAGGAUUAGUUAUGAGUUGGCAAAUGUGGACUGCAUUCGGUAUUUUCUUGGGUACCUGCGCCAAUCUGGCGGUCAAAGACACCGGAGCUAUCUCCUGGCGACUCCAAUUUGGAUCUGCUCUUCUUCCAGCCUUACCACUCCUCAUUGGAAUCUACUUUUGUCCUGAAUCUCCUCGUUGGUACAUCAAGAAGGGAUCUUAUCGCAAAGCAUACCAGUCCCUGAAACGUCUCCGUAACACUGAACUCCAAGCCGCUCGCGACUUAUAUUAUAUUUACUCUCAACUUCAGAUGGAAGCAAACUUGGUUCCAGGACAAACCACUUAUGUCACUCGUUUUAUUCAGCUCUUUACUAUUCCCCGUGUCCGUCGGGCAACAUUGGCCUCAUUCACUGUCAUGAUUGCGCAGCAGAUGUGCGGAAUCAACAUUAUCGCCUUUUACAGUUCUACGGUGUUUGAACAGGCUGGUGCAUCGGUCACCGAAUCGCUGCUUGCAUCAUGGGGAUUCGGGCUCGUCAACUUCGUUUUUGCUUGGCCUGCGAUCUGGACUAUCGAUACUUUUGGUCGACGGUCGCUGCUCUUGUUCACGUUUCCACAGAUGGCGUGGACGCUUCUUGCAGCCGGCCUUUGCUAUCUUAUCCCGGAUACAAGUUCAGCACAUCUCGGCCUCGUGGCUCUAUUCAUCUAUCUGUUCGCCGCGUUUUACUCCCCUGGUGAAGGUCCUGUCCCAUUCACCUACUCCGCUGAAGUUUUUCCACUGUCACAUCGCGAGGUCGGAAUGGCGUGGGCAGUUGCAACUUGCUUAUUCUGGGCAGCUGUUUUGUCCAUUACCUUCCCACGUAUGAUUUCAGCCAUGACUCCAACUGGAGCUUUUGGAUUCUAUGCAGGUCUGAAUAUAAUUGCACUGAUCAUGAUCUUCUUGUUCCUGCCAGAGACCAAGCAACGCACUUUGGAGGAGCUCGACUACAUCUUCGCUAUCCCAACUCGAACAUUCAUGCGCCACCAAGUAGGCACAGUCCUUCCAUGGUGGAUCAAAUCACAAGUCUUGCGUCGCAAGAUUGGCCCAUGCCCUUCUUUGUGGUCUUUCGAUGGCCAUGUCGACAAUGACAAGGAAUUUGUCGAGACAAUUCGCCGCCAGAGCGAGGCCGUUCAGGGCCGACGUCGCAGCAGCAUUGCUGACAGGAUCACGAAUCGGUUCUGA